AUGUCGGACCCGGCGGCGCAGGCCUUACAACCCCGGCUUCUCCAAGCCCAGUCGUCCGUCGCUGGGUCAGCUGGGUCCAGUGGUACCGCCGCGACAGCCUCCUCCGGGUCUGGGAACAGCGACCCAGCCAGACCGGGACUCAGUCAGCAGCAGCGAGCCAGCCAGAAGAAAGCCCAAGUCCGAGCUUUCCCACGGGCGAAGAAGCUCGAGAAACUUGGCGUAUUCUCCGCUUGCAAGGCUAGUGACACAUGCAAGUGUAAUGGAUGGAAAAACCCAAAUCCACCAUCAGCCACACGGAUGGACCUGCAGCAGCAAGCAGCCAGCCUGAGCGAGCCCUGCCGCAGCUGUGGACAUGCUCUGGCUGACCAUGUGUCCCACUUGGAGAAUGUGUCUGAGGAUGAGAUUAACAGGCUGUUGGGGAUGGUGGUGGAUGUGGAGAACCUGUUUAUGUCCGUACACAAAGAGGAGGACACUGACACCAAGCAGGUCUACUUCUACCUAUUCAAGCUGCUGAGGAAAUGCAUCCUGCAGAUGAGCCAGCCGGUCGUAGAGGGAUCCCUCGGAAGUCCACCCUUUGAAAAGCCCAACAUCGAGCAGGGGGUUUUGAAUUUCGUUCAGUAUAAAUUCAGCCACCUGGCACCGAAGGAAAGGCAGACCAUGUUUGAGCUGUCAAAGAUGUUCCUGUUGUGCUUAAAUUACUGGAAGCUGGAGACACCAACGCAGUAUCGCCACCGCACCCAGAAAGACGAUGGGACGGCAUACAAAGUGGACUACACCAGGUGGCUGUGCUACUGCCACGUCCCCCAGAGUAACGACAGCCUGCCGCGCUAUGAGACCACUCACGUGUUCGGCCGCAGCCUCCUCAAGUCCAUCUUCACUGUGACCCGCCGUCAGCUGCUGGAGAAGUUCAGAGUGGAGAAGGACAAACUGCUGCCGGAGAAACGCACACUCAUCCUCACACACUUUCCCAAGUUCUUAUCCAUGCUGGAGGAGGAAAUCUAUGGCGACAAUUCACCAAUCUGGGAGGCUGACUUCACUAUGCCCGCCGCUGACGGCACACAGCUGGGACAUCAGACAGUGAUCAGUCCUGCUGCCGUGUCGGGCUCCCCCUCUCUGCCCAAAGGUCUGAGCAGCAUCUCCUCUCUGGGCAGCAUGGACUCUGGAGGAGCAGAGCCCAUCACAGGAGAGAAACGUAAACUCCCGGAGGCGUUGACCCUGGAGGAUGCCAAGCGGAUCCGUGUAAUGGGAGACAUUCCUAUGGAGCUGGUCAAUGAAGUCAUGAUGACAAUCACUGACCCUGCUGCUAUGCUCGGACCAGAGACUAAUCUGCUGACGCCAAACGCUGCCCGCGAUGAGACCGCCAGGCUGGAGGAGAGGCGGGGGAUCAUAGAGUUCCACGUCAUUGGAAACUCGCUUUCCCAGAAGUCCAACAAGAAGAUCCUGAUGUGGCUGGUUGGCCUGCAGAAUGUCUUCUCUCAUCAAUUACCUCGCAUGCCCAAAGAGUACAUCACACGACUGGUGUUUGACCCGAAGCACAAGACCCUCGCCCUCAUCAAAGAUGGCCGCGUGAUCGGAGGCAUCUGUUUUAGGAUGUUUCCCACUCAGGGCUUCACGGAGAUCGUCUUCUGUGCCGUCACAUCCAACGAGCAAGUUAAGGGCUACGGUACCCACCUGAUGAACCACCUGAAGGAGUACCACAUCAAACACAACAUCCUCUAUUUCCUCACUUACGCUGACGAGUACGCCAUUGGCUACUUCAAGAAGCAGGGCUUUUCCAAAGACAUCAAAGUGCCGAAGAGUCGAUACCUGGGAUACAUCAAAGACUACGAGGGAGCGACCCUCAUGGAGUGUGAGCUGAACCCGAGAAUCCCUUACACUGAGCUCUCUCAUAUCAUCAAAAGACAGAAGGAGAUUAUUAAGAAGCUGAUUGAGAGGAAACAGAGCCAGAUCAGGAAGGUUUACCCGGGUCUCACCUGCUUCAAAGAGGGCGUACGACAGAUCCCGGUGGAGAGCAUCCCAGGCAUAAGAGAGACGGGAUGGAAACCCAGUAACAAGGACAAAGGGAAAGAGGUGAAGGAUCCUGACGUGUUAUACAACAUGUUGAAGAACCUCUUGGCCCAGAUAAAGACUCACCCUGACGCCUGGCCCUUCAUGGAACCUGUGAAAAAAUCAGAGGCUCCAGAUUACUACGAGAUCAUCCGCUUUCCCAUCGACCUGAAGACCAUGACGGAGAGACUGAAGAAUAGAUACUAUGUGACCAAGAAGCUUUUCAUUGCCGACCUGCAGCGAAUCAUCACCAACUGUCGUGAGUACAACCCUCCAGACAGCGAGUACUGCAAGAGUGCCAACACCUUGGAGAAGUUCUUCUACUUCAAACUAAAAGAUGGAGGUCUGAUCGAGAAAUGAACUCAGAAUUACUCACUGAUUUCUUAACGGACGAGGGACGACGGUCACACACCAAGAUGAGGAGGAAAACAUCGCUAGCUAUUGUCAUAUCUGAGUUAAUAAAAGGGUAUGUACAUGACUGGAAA